AUGGUUUUUAAAGAGUGGUUUAAAAUCAGAGAUGAAAAACGAAUUUCGGAAUUUUUACAAAACAAAGAUGACCAAACAAAAGCACUUCAAGGACUGAAAGGUGCUUUGAACUUUUUCGAUCAACGACACACAGAAAAACUGAGAAUUGUCCUAUAUGGAGGAUGCAGUUCCAUAAUCAUCAAAACAAUAUUUGCUCCCAUUGAACGACUUAAAAUUGAAUUACAAACAUGCAGACAUUUAAAGAGAUCGGUGAGGCUUCAAACAUCCUCAACCGAGAUUAUCACAUAUGCUUUAAUCGGUACAUCUACCGCGACUAUGGAUGUUCAUACGCUUGUGAGGAAAAGAGGAUUGAGCGGUUAUAUCAAACAUGUUAUUGAAAUUGAAGGCUUUUCAGCCUUAUUUCGAGGAAAUGGAUUGAAUGUAUUGAGAGUCAUUCCGACAAGCUUUAUGAAGUUUGCUUUUUUUGACAUUUAUAGACAUUUAAGCUCGUACAUCUUUAGCAGUACACCCGUAUUACGUGAAAUUCCACAAAGUGAAAAAGAUGUUCUUCUCGUCUUUUCCUCUGCGCUCAUGAGUGGAUUCAAUUUAACCAUAUUUGCCUAUCCUUUAGACUUACUCCGAACGCGUCUCACUGUGAUUCCUUACUACAGCAAGUAUCACUUUAAGGCCAAUUUAUAUCCAUUCAUGGGGACUUCUAUUCGGUGCCUUAGAGAGUUAAUACGAAAUGAAGGUGUUUUUGCAUUAUGGAAAGGCAUGGGAACGUCAUUGGUCGGAGUGAUUCCAUACGUCACUUGUUCUUUAAGUUUCUACGAGUAUUUGAAAAAUACUAUCCACAAGAAAGUAGAAGAAUUUUAUGGAAAAAUCGAAAAGGGGAGUACAUUGGAUUUGAGUUUAAAACUUAGUUACGGAGCUAUUAGUACUUUCAUUGGAAAAACCAUAUCGUAUCCAGCUGAUACGAUUCGUAGAAGACGACAAUUACUCGGAUGCAUGCCUUCCAUGCAUGCUGCGGCAGUCAUACCCCAUGGUGAUAUUGUGAAUGGCCCUAUUCCUACUCGAUCUCUCAUCAAAUUAGAGGCUGACGAGUAUACAAGUGGUAUCAGUCGGUAUGGUACAAAUGGUAUUAAGGUCAAUGAAGCUGUAUCUAAUAGCCAUCUUGAACCCUUGUUCACCCAAGACGGAAAACCCAUGUACAGAAACACCUUUCACGCAUUCUCAAGAAUUUUAAGGGAAGAAGGCUUUAAAGCAUUAUUUAAUGGAUGGAAGCUGAAUAUUAUUAAAGUAGUGCCCGGAAUGGCGCUACACUUUGUGAUCUAUGAACAACUCAAGAGCAUCUUUGGAUAUAACAAGGAAAUUCUGACAGACGACCAAGAUGUGGAUGAUGAUGAGGAUGACUUGUAA